UAUCUGUUCCAAACAUUUACUUAACUGAUCGGUAUCGACCAAAACCUAGAUCUGAUCCAUUGUUUGUUCCCUAAUAAUGCAUUAUUAUAAAUCAAUAAUCGAUUUAUUGAUAACACAAAUUCAGCACAGGGGACAGUAGCCCUGUGCUGGUAUUGCUGUUGGUUAACAGACAAGUAACACUGACUGCAAAGGCGGAUCUGUUACAUGUGCUGCUGGAAUAAAGAAGUGCUGUCCUAGUCGAGCCCAGCUUAUGUCAAAAACAGCAGCUCUGGACAAAGGUUGCCAAGCAAUACAGAAGAUGUUGUCAUGGUGGUACCUUUUCUAGUUAAACCUCCACAACGCUCUCUGCUUCCCAACCCGGAGCUGCCUGUGGUCUGAGUGACCUCAGGCUGCUAAAGUAACGUGGCACAACAGCAAAUCUACAAUGCUUGAAGUGUGUAUUGUCUGAUUAAAUGGUAUUGGAUCAGCAGAUACUGAAUAUUAAAUGACUUGGAUCCAAUUGUCCAUUUUAUAAAUAUAAUGGAAUUUAUUUGCAGGUACAGCACAGCUAUCAGCUACAUUGUAAUUUUAGCGUGAAAUUGGUUUAACAUGAUAGCAUGCUAACAUUUACUAAUUACUAAAGCCAAGAGACAGCUAAGGUUGAUGAGAAUGACUGUACUUUUGCAGGAACAUGUUCAUCAACCAAAGUUUUCUGCAGAGGAAAACGUUUUCACGUCAUGGAGUCAGCAGAUCACUAAAGUUUGGAGGAUUCAUGGUCUGGGACCCAUGAAUGUUUCUGUGAAAGCCAUGGCUAUCCAAUUUUCAUGUAUAAUUCAACAGCAAUGAAAAAGACAAUUAAUUACUUAUCCAAAAGCUGUAGCCAUCUUAGUUCUGAUGGAUAAAAACUGGUUGUUCUGUUUAGAGGCAUGAAUGCGCUUUGGGAAUUUGAAAGUGUUUGGUAAAUCAUGAGACAUCUUGUGUGGAGAUUUUAGCCCGAGGGCGACACAAGAGGAAAGCUGUGGUGUUAAAGAUGCCAAGGAUGUGUGUCGCAGCAAUGUGCCCUUUAGAUAUUAACAUUUUUUUGCCAAAGUAGACACAUGAUAAAAACAAGAGUGCCAGUGCACCAUUUGGAUCAUCCUUUGGGGACCAUGGAAAGCUACAGUAAAUUUCAUGACAAUCUGGCUGGCAGUUGUUAAGAGACUUUUCUGGGGAACAAACUGUGGGCAGAUGGAUCAACCAACUGAACCACAUUUCAGCUCGUCCCCAGAUGCCACCAGUAGAUAUUAAAGAUACGGUGGCAUGGACCAGAGCGCUGGUCAAGAGGAAAUUAACGAUCAGCAUCACUGUGAGGUCCUUAGAUCAAUUAGCAGGGCAACAACUUUGAACGAAAAAACAACAUUAAAGCAACAUAAUUUACAAUAAUUUAAAUACAAUGUGCAUAUAAUGACCCGCUUAGAGAGUCGCUCCCUCUCUCCCCUGCUAUAGAGAGAUGAAGCUGCUGCUGUUGCUCUAAUCCAACAGCACUCCCUCUAGUGUGGCCACAGUGGAGAUAAGGACACACUGAUCUCUGCUUCAGUCCUGAGGUUGCAAACCUACACAGCAGCAUCAGAGCUCGGACGGUGGAAUAGAUGUUAAUAUGACUAAAUAGCAGCAGUACAGGAUCAUCUGGACACCUCAGGCUCUGCAGAUUGUGUGUUCAACACGUGCUGGCACAGUUUUCCUGUUCUACACUGUAACAACAGAGGAAGUGCUUCGCUCGUACCAACUCGGCUCCUCGUCAUGUCUAUUGUAGUCUACAACAUCUCCUCCACCUCAGCCAGGGUGAGCUGGCCGGCAUCCCCCAGCUGCCUGGACACUUUCUACAGCGUCAUGUACGACCCCAACUGGAACAGCCUCUUCUUGGGCUACAAGCGCAAAAGUUUCACGUAUGAGGAGCGCAUCCCGGUCAGCCAGACCACCACACACAUCGCCAACCUUGUCCCCCAGACCGCCUACUUCUUGUGUGUGACGUGUCAGGCCGCCAAUCCGGUGCGAGACCAGUGCCAGGUGUUCAGCACUCUGAGCGAGAACAGCGAAGGUCACGACAGGGCCGGAUGGGAGCUCGCCAUGGGCGUCUGGCUGACCUGCUGCGUCUUGCUCCUGGUCAUCGCGGGCAUCCUGCUGUGGGGAUGUCUUCACACCGCCUGCUCCAUCCCCGGCCGCACUGCGGACAGCUGCCAGGUGGUGACCAACUCGACCCGCCCGGACAUGUCCACAUCUGGACCCCUCUACACUCCCAGAAGAGGCAGCGAGGAUAGCACCAAACAUGCCUCCAGCAUACAACCUUCCCUCCUCUCAGCGCAGCCCACUGGCCAUAUAAUUACCCAAGACCAUGAGCUGAGGACGCUGCCUAAGCUGUCUGGCAGCGAGCCAGCAUGAAUCAACUGGAUUAAGGUCAUCACAGUAUUGUUCUGCGCAGACUGAAUUGUCACAGAGUAUUUUUAUCCACUGAUGAAAUCCUAUUUGUGUUUAGGAGAAUACAUGUUUUCACAGGAUCCAUUUAAGACAAACUAUUAGUGCACCACUUUAAAGUUGUCAAUGACAAACAUUCAGCCAGGGAAACAACUGAAAAAGAAAAACAAUUUAACCUUUCUAUUUAAUUUGUUCCUCUGAAUAUCAGUCUUUUCUUGUAGAAGCUCAUGAAGGACUUUUUGAUCUUUGUGUUCCUGUGGUAUACUUCUCAAUGUUUGCACACAAACAUUUACAUUUGUCUUAUUAAUUUUGCACAUAAUUUAAGACAUUUCACACACUGUCUCCCAUAAUGAUGUUUUUCCACUUUUAUUCUAUAGAUAUAUCUUAGUAAUAUGUAGUAAAUGUUUGGCUUUAACACAGAAAUACUAAAAAAAAAAAAACAAACAUCCACUCAUGAAAUCCAAGAAAAUAAAGUGACUACUUCAUAUGCCUUCUGUGGAAGUGAUGAUAAAAGACAAAAUGU